CAACGGCAUAGCAAGAGUGCCAAUCCAUUGGUUAAGAUGCUGGCGGGCGUGCGGCCUGGGUGGCCCGAUCCCUCAGCAGAGGCAGUGUUGUCGGAUGCAUCUUCAAGGUCGUCCGAUUCCAACUACCUCGACCAGGGCCAAUCCGCCAAGCGGCCCGUGCGCCCACUACGGCCGCCCCGGCCUGCGCUCUUGCGCUCUUUGGAGGAGCAGCGGACGGAUGCGCGAGCUGUGGCGGAGGAGCAUGGCUCCAUAUUGUUUGGCCAUAGCAAAGCUUCUUCAAGCAUGAGUCGGUCAUGGGAGGACACAAAGUUGCCCUCUCACCCGAUCCGUGCUGACCCAAAUCUCAAGGUCGAGAAGAUGCCGACCCCCGCGAGGCGAGCAGAGGUAACUCGAAAGGCUGUCAAAGCCGGAGUCCCUGCCAUUGGCACUCUGGUUCAAGAACAGCUACAGAUGAAGUAUGGAUUGUCUUUGGACAUUGAUGACUUUGUCCGCAAGGUGGAGAGCUUGUGCCGCGCACAACUCAACGGCGAUGACUGGGAUCCACUGCAAAUCGUCUCCUGUCUAAAUGGCAUCAAGGACAUGCGCUUUCGUACACGUGACGCGGCGCGCAUCCUGGAGUUGCGAUUGGAGCCACGGAGCACCGAGUCCUUCCAGAGCUUGGCAGAGGAGGUCCACUCUACACUUGGGACAUCGAGUGCAGUGGCUGUGGUCAUAAAUCCCUCUGGAGGGCCACGUGCUGCUGUAGCGGUCUUUCGUGAGGACUAUGCUCAUCCUCAGAGUGCUUUGGUGGGACGUUGUGCUGACUUGUCAUCAGAGCCACUCAUUACCUUCACCUCUGGUCAACUUGAUUACGCCUUGAUGCUUGGUGUGUCGAUCGCAGAGGUGCUUCGAUUGGAGGGCGAAGCUGAAGCCUCACCGAGCCUCCGCGCGGAGUAUCUGAGCUUGAAAGGUUUGAAGGCUGAGGAGCCAAAGUUAGACUUGAAUCCGCCAGUGGAGCAACACGGUCGGCAAGGUCUGGCUGAUGCGCUUUUGGAAAGACGAGCAGCAGAAGCUUCACAGCCCAGCGUUGUGAGCAUGGCCAUGGACUGGUUGUGGUCCGGAGGACGCUCCUCCUCCUGGAUGUCCGCCUCGCAUCGCCCGGCGAGGACCGGGACCAGUGCUCCUCCAUCACAAGGACGCCAUAGCGUCCAGUCGACUGUUGGAGAGGCCAAGCUGAAUUUGAAGGUUCCGCGAAAGACGUCUCCGACAGGGAGAUUCGGCUACAGCCCAGGCCGCUUCAGCCAUCGCUCCUCGUCACGGCCUGGUGCCAGAGCAAUGGAGACACCUGCCCCGCUUCUGAUGGCUGCGGCUGGCCCGGGCCCUGCGACGCUCUCCCGGGCCGACUCGCCGGAGACGCCGCCGGCCGCGCGCUGCCUGCGGAAGGAUGAGGCGAUGUGGGAACAAGACCCAGUUAGCAAAGACCUGGUGAUUGAGGAUCCUCCGCACAGGAGAAGAGAGGUCUCAAGAACUUCUGCCACCUGGGGCUUUUGCUCUUAGCGUCAAAAAGCCCCACUGUAAUACACCGACAGAGCGGAAAUGGGCCAUGCUGAGUGGUUUUUUGAUGACAGAUGGGUGCCUAAAAAUCCCGUGGCCCACUUUUGCUUGCUGAAAGUCUCGAUUGAUGG